GAGCGGGUAUUGUUGAGAAUUUUCUGUUAGGUGUCAUGGUGAUGCACACGGAGAACUUGACCUAGCUUGUAAUUUUCUGCAUUUUCCGGUGCGGUCUACGUCGACAUUACGGUAACCAGGAAUAUAUGUACAUGUAUAUAUUCGUGUAUAUAGCUUUCACUGUCGAUAUCAGCGGGUCCACUAUCAAACGUGCGCUUAGAACCCUAAAGGAGGAGAAAAUGAGGUUACUUUCACUGACGCUCGUUCUAAACAUUGCUAAUAUCAUGUGUUUUGUUCAAAAAGAACAGGAGUGUUUCUCUAAAGGAAGUAACCGUUCAGACGGGCUGGUGUACAUGUGCAACUCCUGUGUCGUCACCACAGACCUCGGAGUAGACCGUUGGCCUCGAUACAUCACCGAGACUUUAUGUCAAGGACCGGACUUCUCUUGUUUAAACUACCAUAAGAAUCCUAAUGAAGACAAUCCACCGGCAAAUAUGCCACAGCAUGGUAGCUGUUAUGAAUCCUUCAAUCACAUGACAUUCUAUAAACAUGAAAAUGCAACAUUCCGAUGGACUGCCUACACACAGAAAAUUCGAGGAGGUUGUGUUUGCGGCUUCGACAAGAGAUCAAGAUUUCUCAAGAGUUUUUUCUAUCAGUCUCAGUUAGCAUGGUUACAUCAGUCUUAGUUACAUUGAAGAUGAAACAAACAAACAACGAUUAACACAGUGAGGGGAAUUCCUAUACAGACAGCGCUUAAUUCUCAUUUCAGUGUUUCAUGGAGUGGGAUAGAAAUAGCAUUGGUGCAAAAUUUGGAUUGUUUUUAGUCUUCGUUAACAUCGAGGAUUUUAUUUGUGCAAUAUUAAUUUUUCUCAUGUUUUUACACUUUUACAAUGUUUUGUAGACCGAUAUUAGCUUAUACCUGCUACAUUCUCUUGUCUUUGCAUGAACGACUAUGAAUAUGACGCGAGUUGGAAUGCAUAAUAAUGCAUGUGUUAAAUCUACGCUCUUCACAAUAAAACUUAAAGAAUAAAUUCAAA